CGAUUUUCUACAAUUUGUAGUUCAAGCGAACGACGGCGCCUUCUGACUUGCUUCUAAAAGACGCGAAGUUGUUUGUUUUUCUUUUCCAACAUGGGACGGAAUAGAAGAAGUAGUAGGUCACGUUCGAGAGAAAAGGAAUCUUCGAGAAGUAGAUACCGAGAGUCUGCUAAACCGUCAUCGUCAAGUCUAAGAGAGAAAGAUUACGAAGAUCGGAAUCAAAUUAAAGACCAUUAUAAGCCACGGGAAAGCCGUAGAACUUCAAGGUCUCCUAAGAGCAUCAAAGGCAAAACUGGAGAUAGAAAACAUUCCUCUAGCUCAUCAAGUUCAAAUGACAGUGACAAUAAGUUGGUUAUGAAUAAGGAUCUUUUGGAAAAACUUGAAAAAGAACGCCAAAGAGUCUUGGCAGAAAAAAAGAAAUGGAAAGAACAGAUGAAAGCUCUUGAAACUCCAGAAGAGAAACGAAAAAGAAGAUUACUUAAAAAGCAAAGUAAAGAGAUGAAACGGAAGGAGCAAAUGGGAUGGGACAGUGAACUUCUUCACUACACUAAUGCUGAUAAUCCAUUUGGAGAUUCCAACCUGCUUGAGAAGUUUGUAUGGAAAAAAAAGUUCGAGAAAGAAGGGAGAGGAGACAUGAGUCAAGAAGAAAUUGAGCGCGAAUUAAGAAUGAAGCAGCUGGCGAACCGAGAUGAACUUGAAAAGGUAAAAGCAAGAAGACUGGAAAGGGAAAAAGAAAAAGAAGCCAGAGAAGAUGAAACAGCUGAUCUACAACGGACCAAAGAAGCUGAACAAUUUAGAGAAUGGCAAAAGAGCGAAGAUCAGUUUCAUUUAGAACAAGCCAAACUGCGUUCAGCUAUUCGUAUUCAAGAUGGCAGAGCAAAACCCGUUGAUGUCCUUGCAAAAUAUAUCAAUUCUGAAAAUGAUCCAGAAGCUGUGGAGAUGAAUGAGCCUUAUUUUUAUCUUAUGGGACUGACCUUAACAGAUUUGGAAGAUUUAGUAGCUGACAUUAAGGUUUACAUGGAACUUGAGAAAGAGUCUAGCAACUUAGAUUAUUGGAAUGAUCUAAUGGUGAUAGUCGAGGACGAAGUUCGCGCCAUGAGAAAAAUCGAACGAUCAAAGAGGAGUGAGUACGAAGCAGCAAUGGGCCGACAAGAGGGCAUUCAUACAGCCGUCGCCCAAGACGUGGCAACCAUUUUUAAAAACAAGACGGCUCCAGCACUGCUAGCUCUGAAAAGUAACAUUGAGAAGAAAAUUGCUGCUCGUCAAGAAGGUGUCGACAUUUCCUAUUGGGAAAGUCUUCUAAGCCAGCUGAAAGCCCACAUUGCUCGCGCAAGGCUGCGAGAUCGUCAUGGGGCUAACUUGAAGAGAAAAUUGGAAUUGCUCAAAGCCCAACAAGGUCUAAUAGACACUGCUGCUGCCGAGGCAACGCGCUUAGGAAUCAAAAUGGAGCCAACUGACGAAGAUGUCGAAGGAGUUCCAGAGCAACCCAACAUAGAUAAAGAAGAUGAAAAUCAAGAGGAAGAAGAGGACGAACCGGGUGCAGAUGGUGGGGAAAGUACUCGCGGUCAAGCUGAAAGGGAUCUUCUUGAACCUUGUUUAGUUGCUUAUGAUUCUGGCCGGUACAGUCCAGUAUACUUGGAGCCCAGCCAAAUCGACCCAACACAGCUCGUCUAUACUGAAGACGAUGAUAUGGAACGACUGGAGUUUGCACGAGCUCGUGUUCAGGGUCGUGGAGUGGCAGUUGGGGCGGCUGAUUCAGAAGUCUCCCUGGAGGAACGGGCAAUGCGAGGUGAAGCGCAAAAAGGCAUGUCAGCAGACGAAGCAAUCUUUUCAGUCGAAUCUGCUAUCGACAAACCUGUUUAUCUCUGGUCUGACAAGUAUCGGCCGCGUAAACCCCGUUAUUUCAACCGCGUCCACACGGGAUUCGAGUGGAAUAAAUAUAACCAGACACAUUAUGACAUGGACAAUCCGCCUCCUAAGAUCGUGCAGGGCUACAAGUUCAACAUCUUCUAUCCUGAUUUAAUCAACAAAAAUUCUACACCUCAGUACACUAUAACGCCUUGCGCCGACAACAAAGACUUUGGCAUUCUACGGUUCCGUGCAGGCCCUCCAUAUGAAGAUAUUGCCUUUAAAAUUGUCAACCGUGAAUGGGAGUAUUCAUACAAAAAAGGAUUCCGUUGCCAAUUUCAUAACAAUAUCAUGCAGUUGUGGUUUCACUUCAAGCGUUAUCGAUACCGCCGCUAGGCAAUUACGAUUUAUUUUAUUUUACAAUGUUUCUUGAACAUGAAUAAUAAAAACAUGAUUUACUUUUCA